AUAGAGUCAGUUGUAAAUGACGUUGCCCGAGGUAGCCCCUGUUGCUUGAUCCUCCCUCCCAGCAUCUAUUUAUCCCCCCCAUUUCCUCAUUAGUAUAGUAUACUGAUCAGAACCCUCUUUCUCUCUCUCAGUUCAUCAAAAGGGAAAAAAAUGGCAUUUCUUGGACUUCUUCUGGUGGGGUUUCUUUCUUUUGCCUCAUCUGUUAAUGGGUUUAAUGGAGGUUGGGCUGUUGCCCAUGCCACUUUCUAUGGAGGCGGUGAUGCCUCUGGUACAAUGGGAGGAGCUUGUGGGUAUGGAAACCUAUACAGCCAGGGAUAUGGGACCAACACGGCAGCUCUGAGCACAGCUUUAUUCAACAAUGGAUUGAGCUGUGGAGCGUGUUUUCAGAUUAAGUGUGUGAAUGAACCAAGGUGGUGCCUGCCCCGCUCUGUUGUGGUCACUGCCACCAACUUCUGCCCACCCAACAAUGCACUCCCUAACAAUGCAGGCGGGUGGUGCAACCCUCCACAGCAACAUUUUGAUCUCUCUCAGCCUGUCUUCCAACAGAUUGCUCAGUACAGAGCUGGCAUUGUUCCUGUGGCUUACAGAAGGGUCCCAUGCCGAAAGAGAGGAGGUAUCAGAUUCACCAUUAAUGGCCAUUCUUACUUCAACCUGGUCUUGAUCACCAACGUUGGAGGUGCUGGAGAUGUGCAUGCUGUUUCUAUCAAAGGUUCGAGAACAGGUUGGCAAUCAAUGUCUAGGAACUGGGGUCAAAACUGGCAAAACAAUGCUUAUCUGAAUGGACAAAGCCUCUCCUUCAAGGUCAUUACAAGUGAUGGGCGCACUGUCGUUUCUAACAAUGUUGCUCCUGCUGGCUGGUCCUUUGGCCAGACCUUUAAUGGCUUGCAAUUCCCAUAACAAAACUUCAGAAAGACCAUUUUAGUAUUAGUACUGUUGUGGCAGUACAGAAGAAGAAUGACAGAUAUAUAUGUCAGAGUACUCGUUAAUGGUGUAUUUAGUUUUUGGAUACAGAGGGUUAUUUUGAGGUGGCCCUAAUUACCAUUUUAGAUUGAAUUAUGUGUAAAUCUGCUCCUCUCUCUUUUGGAAAAGCAGACAGAAAUAGGGCAGUGGUGGGCAGGCAUUAAUUUUCACCCGCCACUUUCUAGUAGGGUUGGUCUUGGUCUGGUUCAUUUGUUGUGCUGCAUUUGAGAAGCACUUCUGUCUUGUGUAUGAAGCAACUGUAAUCGGCUUCUGUUGAAGUUGUCUUUUGAGAAUUAUGAAAUAAAAUCAGUCAGCUUUUUAAUCGUA